AUGGAUAACAUUGAAUAUGAUGAUCUUACUAAUUUAUCUUGGUUAAAAGUAUCACAUAGUAGAGAAUUUCAAACAACAGUUGAAUGUUCAAAUAAUUAUAUUGAUGAUGAUCUUCAAUGUCUCUGUUGGAUUAUUAAAAUGCAACCAAUAUCAUAUUCUUCUCAUUCACUUAAAAGAUUAUCUGUAACAACGAAUAAAGUUAAGCAUUAUCGUAAUUCUAAUCGUUUAUUAUCAUAUCCUAAUGUUUUUGAUCAUUCUCUUAAUAUUGUAACGAAUGCAAUGAUUAAUAUGGAACAUUCCGAUACUAAUUCAAUAUCAUCACGACAAAUAUUAAAUAAUCAUUUAUCUUCAAUAAAAUCUUAUCAACAAUCAUACAUUCUUAUCCGUUCAUUAAAUGGCAAAAUUUCAUAUUUAUCAAUUCGUCAUUUCGUCUAA